AUGCUCAGUUUCAUCUCGACGCUAUUCGCCUCCAAGCCCAGGACUCGCGGAUGCGUGGCAUACUCCGCGCAGCCGGAAGUCCUACCACCUGUGCUCAUCCGAGACCUACCUUCUUCACGGCGUCGAUCGACCAUCUCCGAUACACCGGAAGAUGAGCGUCACCUGCAAGAACAGUCCCUCCUACUCACACGCUUGCCGAUCGACAUUCGCGUCCUUAUCUGGGAGCUCGUGAUUGGACCUGAGCACGAUGAAGUCCUGCAUCUAAGCCGGUCGACGGCAUUGUUCGACACUGUCGCUGUUUCUCGAAUGGAGACAAGAGUAUUCUUGCGUUUCGGCACUCUUGCUGGCAAGUCUUCUGGUCGAAGAGGGCGCGGGAGAUAUCGAGAAUCCAUCAACCUCCUCUACCAGUCCAACACAUUCGACUUCCGAGAAGUAGAAGCCGUUACCCGACUCCCCCGAAUUAUUCUCCCACAGCGACUCCAGCACAUCCGCCGCAUCCAUUUCUCCACCGCGUUCCAAGUUCCCUUUCUCCGGCAUGCAGUCUAUGGACCACACAUCCACAUUUUACCGGACGACUUCUCGCAAUGGUCGGCAGCAUGCCGAAUCUUUGCCUCUUUUCCUGCUCUCCAUGAGCUUCGGGUUACGAUUGCGAUAUGGCAUGCCGAUCCGGAUAGAAGAGAGGACGACGAGGAGGCGUUGAUGAGUCUGUUGGAGCCCUUGAAAGCGGCUCUGCUCCUACUCUACUUCCAACUCGAAGAACCAGACGACGACCCUCUCAGCGACGACGUCUUCGGCAUCCUCCGCAAUACCCUCCAGCCAGACAGCGAACUUCCACUCGAAACCGCGGUCCAGCAGAUUACCGCCCUUCUGCUGGAUGCAAGACUGUAUUCCAGAGAGGUCCCCAGCACACCGGCCGAGGAUCCAAGCAAGUACGUGAACUUUCAAGCUUUUGCAGCUCAGCUCUGUAAGCGAGGUAUGAUCAAAGGACAUCGCCUUGCAGUCUGGACUUCAGAGACUGCUCUUGAUAGCAAGAAAGUGGUCGAGCCAGCGGAACGGAAUGCUUAUGUUCAAGCGGCGGCGAAUUGGUUUUUGAUCUAUGGCGAUGGAAUCUUCACAGCGAUCGGAGCACAGGAAUGGCAGGGCUGGAAGGGUUGUCUUGAGCAAGUGGUCGGAGGGAAGUGGAAUGGGAAGUCGUGUGCCUUUAAUCAGGAGACGAGGCUUUUGGCUGGCAAGGCUGUUGCGGUGAUGAUUGCGGUUGAGGGAUAG